GUUUGAUAUAUUACGAGUUGCAUGAAAUCGACGCCAUGGAAAUUCGUCGAAGCCUUCUCUUCUUCAUCUUCGCCUUCUCUUCCAAAAGCUCCGAUUUCAACUCCGUGUAUGAAUUCUCAGAUUUGAGUUCAUGACUCCCACUUCGAAUUCGCGAUGGCUUCUCUACUCGUCAGAGCUUCCUUCUUCCUCCUCCUUCCCCUGUUUCUUAGUGCGGCAGUAGCAGCGGCAGAAGAGGAGGACUGUCAUGGCCUGCGCGAGCUCGACGACCACGCAGCCAUUUGCGCUUAUCUCAGAGCUCACACCUCCGCCUGCGCCCCUCAAGGCUUGAUCGACUACCUCCAGCUCUUCUACUGCGCCUGCGGCGGCCGCCCCUUCCUCGGCCACGCCCUCCUCGCUCUCUGUCUCCUCCUGCUAUUCUACCUCCUCGGCGACACCGCCUCCGUCUACUUCUGCUCCUCCCUCGAGGGCCUCUCCGCCGCACUCCGCCUCCCGCCGACCAUCGCCGGGGUCACGCUUCUCUCCCUCGGUAACGGCGCUCCCGACGUCUUCUCCAGCCUCGCCUCCUUCUCCGCCUCCUCCGGCGUCGCCGACGUCGGCCUCAGCAGUAUCCUCGGCGGCGCCUUCUUCGUCUCCUCCGUCGUCGUCGCUGUCAUCGCCCUCCUAAUCCCCGGCGGCGCCGCAGCCAUCGACCGCGCGAGCUUCCUCCGCGACCUCUGCUUCUUUCUCCUCGUCCUCGCCGCUCUGUUCCUCGUAUUGGUCAUCGGGAGCAUCGGCGUUUGGGGCUCCUUCGCCUUCUUCUCCCUCUACAUUGCGUACGUCGUCCUCGUAUGGAUCAUGCACCACCACACAAACAGAGACACCGAUCUGUUGAUCCCAAUUCUCCAUGGCUCAUCCGAAGAAGAAGACCCAGAGGCCAAACUAGUUUCCGAAGAACCUCAUCGAUUGAAGACGAACUCAAAUUCUCCGGUUUCAUUCUACUUUAGCCGGUUCAUCUGCAUUCUAAAGAUGCCGCUCUACUUGCCGAGAAGACUGACAAUCCCAGACGUGAGCGAAGAGAGAUGGUCCAAGCCAUUCACCGUCGCUUCCGUGAGUUUGUCACCUCUGUUCUUGGUAACCCUUUGGCUCGCCGAAACAGAGGAAGUAAGCACAGCAGAGAAGUUAACACUCUACCUCAUCGGAAGCUUGAUCGGUUUUAUUCUUGGAUCCAUUGCCAUGGCCACCACUGAGCGUUCGGCCCCUCCAAAAACCUGCUUGUUCCCUUGGCUUGCAGGUGGGUUCCUGAUGAGUGUGAUAUGGUCUUACAUUAUAGCAGGGGAACUUGUUUCCUUACUUGUCUCCAUCGGUGAGAUAGCUCACAUCACUCCCACGGUUCUGGCCUUCACUGUCUUGGCUUGGGGCAACUCAUUAGGGGACCUCAUUGCCAAUGUUGCUAUGUCAAUCCAUGGAGGAGGCGAUGGAGUUCAGGUUGCCAUCUCCGGGUGCUACGCAGGGCCAAUCUUUAACACACUUAUGGGACUGGGUCUGUCUCUUGUGCUGGCUUCUGCGGCUUCUCACCCUGCUCCAUUUGUGGUGCCUAGGGACGCCACCAUUUUUGAGACAUUGGGGUUCCUGAUUGGCGGCUUGCUCUGGGCUCUCAUCGUUCUCCCAAGGAGAGGGAUGAAGCCAGAUAGGGUGCUGGGGAUUGGACUGCUGGUCAUCUACUUCGCAUUUCUCUGCUUGAGGCUCCUCGAGAGCCUUGAGCUGGUGAAGAUUGGAAUUCUCUGAAACAAGUUCUGUAGUAGAUUUUGCAGUGGAUGUUGCUGGAACUUAAGAUUUUUUUCAGUUCCAGAAUGUGGCGAGAUCGUUUUUCACUGAUGUCCCUCGAGCAAUGAAGACAAAGGACAAGAUAUUGAAUGAUUGUUUUGUUUCUCCAUGUUUUGUAGGGUGAUGAUGGUCCUGAUGCUUUGGGAUGGGCUUUGAUUCCCAAUAAGGAGUAAUCAUUGUUGAGAAGCAGACAGCUAAGGUGAAUCAAUCAUGGCGGAGAGGUCAUACCUAAGCUUCUAUCCGUCUGGUGGAGGCAGUUCUGGGCAGUGGGCAUGCACAUCUGAGUAUCAUGCAUUCAAUCUCCUUCUUAGCAUCCUUAUCAUAUGCAUGAUUCUCCUACAUAUUUCUCUUUCUUGAAUUGUAUCUCGCAAUUUGGAAAUGUAUGGAUUCAACUCAAUGUAUGGUUAAAUUGACAACAAGAGAUUUCGACAGGCCACUGCGAUGCUUAAGUUAAAAUUUAUUUGAGGUAUGAAAUUAGAGCAGUAGGAAGCAGAAGAAUGGUAGAUGACACUGUAAAGGGUGACUUUCAAAGUAAAAAAAGAGGCGUUCCUUGCAUUACCUUCACUAGAGUUUAUAUUGCCGCCACGUCGGCGCCGAUAAGGGGAUCAGAUCUGACAGUUGUCCGCUGCCUCUCUAUAUGCUAAGUACCACGUGUUUAAAGGAGAGGGUUUAUGAGACCAAAUCUGGCAACCUUUU